AUCAGCCUGCGCCCGCCUGCCCCGCGACGUGCCGGCGGCUGGCGCAGCCCUCCGCUCGCCCGGCCUCCCCCUCCCUGGUUCCGCGCUCUGGUUCCGCCAUGGAAUCCAACAAGGAUGAAGCCGAGCGCUGUAUUAGCAUCGCCCUCAAGGCCAUCCAGAGCAACCAGCCCGACAGGGCACUCCGCUUCCUGGAGAAGGCGCAGCGGCUGUACCCGACGCCGCGAGUUCGCGCCCUGAUCGAGUCCCUCAACCAGAAACCACAGUCUACCAGUGACCAUCCCCAACCCACAGACACCACCCACAGGAAGGCAGGUGGGGCCGAAGCCCCCGCGGCCAACGGAGAAGCUGGAGGAGGAGAGGGCACCAAAGGCUACACUGCGGAGCAAGUAGCAGCAGUGAAAAGGGUCAAGCAGUGUAAGGAUUACUAUGAGAUCCUGGGGGUGAGCAGAGGGGCCUCCGAUGAGGACCUGAAGAAGGCCUACCGCAAGCUGGCCCUCAAGUUCCACCCAGACAAGAACCACGCACCCGGCGCCACUGAAGCUUUCAAAGCUAUCGGCACAGCAUAUGCGGUACUUAGUAACCCAGAGAAAAGGAAACAGUAUGACCAGUUCGGUGAUGACAAGAACCAGGCAGCGCGGCAUGGCCACGGGCACGGGGACUUCCACCGUGGCUUUGAGGCCGAUAUCUCCCCCGAAGACCUCUUCAACAUGUUCUUUGGCGGUGGCUUUCCGUCUAGUAACGUCCAUGUCUACAGCAACGGCCGCAUGCGCUAUACCUACCAGCAAAGGCAGGACCGCAGGGAGAACCAGGGUGACGGCGGGCUGGGGGUGUUUGUUCAGCUGAUGCCCAUCCUCAUCCUGAUCCUCGUGUCGGCGCUCAGCCAGCUCAUGGUCUCCAGUCCCCCAUACAGCCUGAGCCCAAGGCCGUCGGUGGGCCACGUCCACAGGCGAGUCACUGACCACCUGAACGUCGUCUACUACGUGGCAGACACCUUCUCCAAGGAGUACACAGGCUCCAGCCUCAAAACAGUUGAACGAAAUGUGGAAGACGACUAUAUCGCCAACCUCCGAAACAACUGCUGGAAGGAGAAGCAGCAGAAGGAAGGCUUGCUGUACCGGGCCCGCUACUUCGGUGACACAGAUAUGUACCACAAAGCACAGAAGAUGGGCACCCCAAGCUGUAACCGACUGUCAGAGGUGCAGGCCUCCCUGCAUGGAUAGUCCUGGGCCAGCCACGCCACCGAGGUCCAAACCAUGAAAUCCCUGGAGAAUUUUUGGUGACAUGCACUGAGCCAAGGUGAUGGACUGUAUAUUUAAGGAAAGACAUAAAAAGAAAAAAAAUUAAAGUGGAAUUGGAGGCCGAACACUGCACACAACUGCCCUCUCUCUCACCCAGUAAAUGCUGAAAGGCCUUAGGACAGGAAAACCUGCCACGGGGCUGCUUCCCUCCCUCCCAGGGCUGGUCGAGGCUCCACUUCGGCUGCUCCUAGGAUACGGAAACCAUGGCAACGAAAGUAGAAUGUAAAACUUGCAGCAAAUGUCUGUGGAAAGGGCUGGGGGAGGGGGCGCCCAACUGCCUUCCUCCCCCUCCCAGGAGCCACCACCAGUCACCUCUCCGUGGAAGCCAGUCAGAGGCGUUGGCCAAGGAUAGGAGGAGGAGGAACAAGAACUCUCCAUAGAAUGUAAUUUACAGAGCGUGCAUAUGUGUGUGUGUGUGUGUGUGUGUAUAUAUAUAUCUAUAUCUAUAUAUAUCUAUUUAUAUGUAAAUAGCAUAUAUAAAGAUAUAUAUAUAUAUAUAUAGUCUACUUUUUAAACUAUGCAGGAAUUUGAUUAAGUUGUUUAGCUGAUUUCUUCCCUGUUUUAGAAAAUGAGGCGUGUUUGGGGAAGGCAGCCUGUUCCUUCAACGGCUGGACAUUAUGCCACGGCUGACAGUGGAAGGAAAGUCGGGUCGUAGCUUUUAAUGUUCCCCUCAAACCGAGCCUGCUUUUGGUGGCAGCAGUAAUCAUGAUAGUGUAAGUCUGUAGAGAACUUGGAGGUUGCCAGCUUUAUGGUGAAGCUGGAGGGGAGCAGGCUUCCAGGGGAGAAAGUGCCCCUAGGGCCAGGUACCAUGUCAGUACUGAGUCAUGGUGAGGCCCCUGGCAGCCUGCCGGUGGGAGGCCGCCCUCCUCAAGCUUUGGCCAGCUCAGGUGGGCUCUUAGUCCUGGAGCCCAGGAGUUCUCUGUCCCUCCGCCACAGAAAACAGGGUUAGAGAGGGGGACCGGGUUUUGCCUAGCCACCUGCCCCCCUCUUAGUCCCAAAGUGGGUUUUGCCUUAUAGAUGCCACAGGCCACGGCUCCGUUGUUGCCACUGGCUUUUCCCAAGUUAUGCACCAAGGACUCCAGAAGGUUCUUCCUCCGAGAGUCAGCCAGGUGGUGCCCAAGACCCUGGGGCAGCAGCCGAAUCCUGAAGAAAGUCCGGGCCUGUGGGCACCUCUGUCUCCACCCUCCAUGGACAUGAUGCCACCUGGCCUUCUGUUGCACUUUGGACAAAGGCUGCGCCUGAACCAGAAGGGUUUUCUUAUACUCACCUUGAUGUGAGGAUUUUUCUCAAAACAGCCGUUGCUGCCAGGGGAAGGGAGGGAGGUUUUAUUUAUUCCCACGGUUUAUACUGGGCCUUUUGGAAUUACUCUUUUUCCCGAAUUUUCCUCUGGCAGUGGGUGUGUCAUUGAGCCUGCCACCUUCCAAAGCCUUACUUCCCCAAGCUGCCAGCCAGGAGGUGAUAACCAUCCUCUCAGAGUUUCUCUUGGCUCUUUUUUUUUUUAAGCCCCUCCCCCCCCCACCCCCAAUGAACAAAGAUUCUUGCUGGGAAAGGAAGCUUGGUAAAGAAAUGUCAGAUCUGGUUUUUGAACAAGAUCCUGCCCUGUGAUGCAGCAGCCACCCCGGCCCAGAGAGAUGAUAAGAAGUGGACGUGGGCAAGAGUACCCCCCCCCCCCUUCGCCGCGGUGGCCCUGGUGCUCUGCCCCCACCACCCCUACCGUCUGAUCUUGGUAGAUGUCCCUAGGUGGGCUGACCCAUGUGCAAUAAGAACAUAGAUCCUAAAGGAUCCCUUGAGAAGCUGUAUUUCUUGAAUUAGAAUUCUAAAAUUGUACAUCUAUAAAUAUAUGUUUAUUAUGUGA